UGUACUUCUGUUCCUCAACAAUCUUCCUAAACCUUAAACCCUAGAAAAGGAAAACCCCUGCAAAAUCUGGGUGGUGGUUGCUAUUUUUACUAUCUUAGAAAUUAAAUUAGCUAAAGAUGUUGAGAAGAAACAUACGAUUGAGAAGAGAGUAUUUGUACAGGAAGAGCUUGGAAGGCAAAGAACGGUUGCUUUAUGAGAAGAAACGGAAGAUCAGAGAAGCCCUUGACGAGGGAAAACCAAUUCCAACUGAGCUUCGGAAUGAGGAGGCCUCGCUUCGCCAAGAAAUUGACCUUGAAGAUGACUACACUGCCAUUCCCAAAAGUCAUAUUGAUGAUGAGUAUGCAAAUGCAACGGAACGAGAUCCUAAGAUAUUGCUGACGACGUCUCGGGAUCCAAGUGCUCCUCUUGUACAGUUUGUCAAGGAAUUGAAGUUUGUCUUUCCUAAUGCAGAGCGAAUGAAUCGUGGUAACCAGGUUAUAUCUGAAAUUAUUGAAAGUUGCAGGGCACACGAUUUUACAGAUGUUAUUUUGGUUCAUGAACAUCGUGGUGUGCCAGAUGGUUUGAUCAUAAGUCAUCUUCCUUUUGGUCCCACAGCAUACUUUGGAUUACUCAAUGUGGUUACAAGACAUGACAUUAAGGACAAGAAAGCCAUUGGAAAAAUGCCUGAGGCCUAUCCACAUUUGAUUCUUGACAAUUUUGGAACCAAGCUGGGUGACAGGACAGCAAACAUUCUAAAACAUCUGUUCCCUGUCCCGAAGCCUGAUACAAAACGUAUUGUGACUUUUGCUAAUCAGUCUGACUAUAUUUCAUUCAGGCAUCACAUUUAUGAGAAGCAUGGAGGUCCUAAAUCAGUUGAGCUGAAGGAGAUUGGUCCUAGGUUCGAGUUGCGGCUUUAUCAGAUAAAAUUAGGAACAAUGGACCAGAGUGAGGCUCAGAUCGAAUGGGUUAUUAGACCUUACAUGAACACAACCAAGAAACGCAACUUCAUUGGAGUUGACCAAAAGGAUGAUAAAAGAAAACAUUGAGCUUUGUACCUUUUGUUUCUAUCAUAUUCUUAGGAUUUUACUCCAAGAAUGAUCAUGUUGUUCUAUUUAGACCUUCUUUCUUUUUUCUUUCAAAGAAAAGUCGUUUUAAUUAUUAACAUUU